UGCCUGGUUUCCCUUACGCUUUAUGGCUUGCUUCUUCCUCUUUCUGAGCAUUUUCUUCUUUGCAAUUUCCAUCCUCAUUCCUGCAUCAACUCCACACAUUACAAAUCCUACCAAUAUUGAUGGCUUCGCUGUUCAUUUAAUCCACCGCGACUCAUAUCUGUCACCCGUUCACAACAGUUCUCUUACCACAGCUGAUCGCAUCCAAUCAGCAGUUCAUCGCUCCUUUUCACGUCUCAAUCGCAUCCAUUCUCUCAGUUCCCCUUCCUUAACCAGGGAUAUUUCAUUUGACAUUGUUCUGGAUGAUGGUGAGUACUUUAUGACAUUCUCCAUAGGCACUCCCCCAAGACAAGUAUAUGCUAUAGCAGACACUGGAAGUGAACUCACUUGGGUCAAAUGUUUACCUUGGAAACAAAGCCAUGAAGAAGCUCCUCAUACUUUUAACCCUUCUAACUCUUCUACUUACAUGAAACUGCCAUGUUUUUCACCCUCCUGCAGGGACCUAAACUGGUACAAGAGAUUCUGCAUUAAGGACUAUUGCUACUACAAAGAAAGAUAUGGCGACGGAUUAACCACCAAGGGAACCCUUUCUACCGACAAAUUUAGCUUUGAGGACGAUUACAAGAAUACUAUUGAUGUUGGUAAUCUGGCCUUCGGUUGCUCUGAUGAUGCAUCUGGACCUAUACUGGGAAAUGAAACUGGAAUUGUAGGCCUUUCCCGAAGACCAUUAUCAUUAGUCUCUCAAUUGAAGUAUACAAAUUUUGCAUACUGUAUGGUGGUACCUGCAAAUAAACAUUGGUUAGGAGCAACAAGCAAAAUGUAUUUUGGAUCAGAAGCUGAUUUUCUCGGGGGCCAAGCUCCAUUAGUAACUGGCUCAAACAACCAAUACUACCAUCUGACUCUCCAAGGAAUCAGUGUUGGUGAUGAAAAGCUUCAAAUCCCAAGUGGGAUUUUUGACAUUGCAGAAAAUGGAGAAGGAGGAUUCAUCAUAGAUUCAGGCACCACAUAUACAUUGCUUCGAGGAGAGGCUUAUGAUGCUUUAGUGAAAGCAUUGAGUGAAGCCAUACACUUGCCAAGGAAACAUUAUGGGGAAGAUCUGGAACUGUGUUUUGAAGCUUCUUUUGAGGAUUUGGCUUUGCAACCUGAUAUAACAUUUCAUUUAAAUGCCACUGAUGUGAUACUCACCAAAGAGACCACAUAUGAACCAGUGGCUGAUGGCGUUUGGUGCCUAUCAAUUUUGAGGUCUAAGAGUUCUUUGUCUAUACUUGGCAAUGUUCAGCAGAGGAAUUAUUUUGUUGCGUAUGACAUUUCCCAAGGCAACGAAGCGGUUUAUUUUGCACCAGUAAAUUGUUCUAAUCCAUCAUUCUAG